AUGAAUGAAUGUAAGCUGAAUGCAACACCCAUUUUGAAGGGUAACAAAUUCAACUUAAGUCAGUGUCUGAAAAAUAUAUUGGAAAAGGAAGAAAUGGAAAACAUUCCGUAUGCAUCUGCAGUUGGCAGUUUGAUGUAUGCACAAGUCUGUAUAAGACCAGACAUAGCAUUUGCAGUAGGAAUGCUUGGCAGAUAUCAAAGUAAUCCUGGAAUGGAUCAUUGGAAACCUGCCAAAAAGGUUAUGAGAUAUUUACAAGGAACCAAGGAUUACAUGCUUACUUAUAAGCAUGUAGACGAUCUAGAAGUGGUUGUAUAUACAGAUUUGGAUUUUGCCGGAUGUCAAGUUUCAAAGAAAUCCACUUCAGGAUAUGUCUUUAUGUUAGCAGGUGGUGCUAUAUCUUGGAAGAGCAUCAAACAGACAAUAAUUGCAUCGUCUACUAUGGAGGCAGAGUUUAUAGCAUGCUUUGAAGCAACUUCACAAGCCAAAUGGUUAAAGAAUUUUAUCACAGGGUUUCAAAUUGUGAAUUCAAUAUAA